GCCAUGGACUGCAAGCGAUCUCGAAGCGAGUCUCGGCCUAUGGAGGUGGAGAUGGGAGACGAUGCGGUCAAGAGUCCAAAAGCCCUUCUGCUCCAAGGGGGUGCUCAACCUCAUCCGACGUCGUCGGAAGCCAAGCCCGGCGAUCUUCUGCCGGCGGAACUCUCGGCUGGGUCAUGGCCAUGUCCACCAUUGAUGGGGCCUACGCCUGGAAUGCCAGUGGUGCCUCCGAUGCCAGGACCAGCUGCGGCACCAGGUCCAUCAGUCUUUGGACCACCAGCCACAGCAGGACCGAUCCAGUUGCCCAUCGGACCGGCUUCAAGCUCCGAGAUCUCACACAGGCCUUGCGCGAAGCAAGAGGGGUAUGCUCAACAAGUGAGGAUGCAUGGGGAGUUCAAAGGGCUUCGCAAGUGUCAGAAGCCUCCCAAUCGAGCGGCCGACCAAUGCCCACAUCCGGUGUACGCUCUGGCGGGAGCAGGCAAUGCAGUCCAGAAGGAGGUCAAGAAGGAGGGACCAAGCAAAGGGCGCCACUUCCUCGGGUGCGCGCGACAUGUGUGCGAGUUCUUCCGAGCAGUCGGAACUCCAGAUGAUCCGACAAUCCGAGAGCCCAAUGUUGUCCUCUCCAGGGAUGUCCAGUGUGGCGUCCCCAGCCAAGUUCGGGAUCAGGUGGAGAUGGAGUUGAUGAAGGAGAGGUUGAAGCGGCAAGAGGAGGAGCUGCAGAAGCAGGAGGAAGUCCUGCGACAGAAGGAUGCAGCGUUGAACCAAGCACAGGCGAGGACCGAAGGCAUGGUCAGCCAGAUGAUCCAAGAAAGCCGAUCAAUGAUCGAGCACCAGUCCCAGACCUAUGCCACCGAGGUUCAAACCCUUCGAGACCAAAUGCUGUGGAUGAGCUGUGUGGCAGGAGAAGAAAGGAUGCAACGGGCCACUCAGGAUCCGGAGUUCUAUCAGGAGACAGUCCAGCAGGCCAUGGAAGUGAAGCGCGCCAUGGAGGAGGCCAAGAAGGGAGCUCAGUGA